CAGUAGUCGGUGAGCAACUGUCGCAACUAGAUGUCUUCCGAACGUCCGGGGCACAUCCGCAACUUCCGGGAUUGUUAGCUGUGCGAUUUGUUUUCUAUUUUUUGCGUUGGGUGUUUGAGUUUUGUGCCGUGCCGCCCCGACAUUUUCCCCACAACCCAUUGCUCUCCCUCCCACUGAAAGUGUGUCCGCGUGUGUCCUUAAAGAAAGGGGGGUGAAGGAGUGGCAAAUAGACAAGCGUAGAGCUUGGUAGGGUUGAUAGACAGCCCUCUUCCUGUGGAUACAUUGAUGCGAAGUCUACGCGUGGAGUUUUUGGUCAAUUCUUAGUGCGGGUGGGUGAUUUGGGCAAGUUGUGACUCCGUGCAGUGCUUGUGUGUGAAAGUGUAUCGGGAAGAGUGUUCAGAGAAAACUAGUGUAAAAUAAAAUGAAAAGAAAAAUAAAUUUUCCUUACCCCCAGUGGUGAAUCAAAAUGUGACAGAAGGUGUUGUGGUCGUUUUCUGCAUCGCAGUAUGCCACUGCCCAAAGGUUGCUAUGCGGUCGUGAUGAUGGAGCAGCAGCAGCAGCAGCAGCAGGCUCCUUUGAUCACGCGUGCCAUCAGCGUUCUUGCUGUCGUUUCGAUGGAAAAUUCGCCACCCGACAGCACGUGAUUGAAGCGCCAGCAUCAGUAAAAGCUCGUUUGAGUGAAAGCAAGAGUGUAGCAGAGUGGAGCACAGUACCACGUGAGAGUGUGGCCGUAGCAGGGAGUUGCAAAGGACUCCCGAGAGCGCAGGCGAACGUAGUACCGUACCGUGAUUGUGGCGUGUGUUUUUUCGUGAACGUGUGUGUGUGUGUGUGCGAGUGUGUGUGUGUGAUAGUUUGUACAUAAAACGCGUGUUGUUCGAUGGAAGGAUACAAGCAAAACGGCAAAGCGUGCCAGCCAGAGUUCUUCUUUGUAGUAUGCGAGAGGAAUGCUUCAGUAAUUACUAACACUGGACAUACAUAGGAGCAUUACUGGGAGCAGCUUUGUGGCAUCAGAUUACCGCCCCCUAGGUCAACAUUUCACGUAGCGUAGCCGCAUAUGUGUUGCAUUCGGUAUUUGAAGCCGAUUCAGUGCCAUUCUGAGCGUCAGCCAGUCAGCCAAACAGAACAUGAGGCAACCAUCCACCACCAUCCUUCGCGUUCAUUCCAUCGCCAGCAAACGAUCAUGCUCCGCUCAUCGCAUCAUCUCACCGCAAAGUAGCCCAAUUGAAAGCUUCCAUUAGCGAGGGAGGGCCGUUUGUAGCCCCCGAAAUACCGUCGAUACCGCGUCCGUCCCGUAGAUAGUGCAAGAUCCCUUGAAACCGCGUGCGCUCCCGAACCGAUCCGGAUCCGGUCCGAUGGCUACCAUUGCGACCGGAUCCGCCGGAUCCCUGGUGGACCCGCCCGGCGGUGGCCCACCGGUCACCGGCCAGAAGCAGCGCAAGAAGGGAAAAUUUCGGCUCAAGGAACGGUCUUCCUCUUCCGUACGGGAAAAGUUCAUCAACGAUCCAGCGUACACGGAGGAUGUUCGCCAUCUGGCAUUGCCCAUGCGCCGAAACAGCGGUCCCGAACACGACCCCGGCCGUAAGUUUUACAUGAUAUCGAAGAAAAAGUCCAACUCGGUCGGCAAGGACUACUCGCGGGGCUCCGGCAGUCUGCAGAUUGGUGGAGGAGGUGGCGGAGGAGUAGGAGGUGGUGGUGAGGCCGGUGGCUCGAGCGAGUUCUACACGCUGGACGUGGAAUCGAUUCGCCGGGCAGGGCUGAACGUGCCGGAGCUGAAGCCGAGAAGGAAGAAGUACAACCAUCACAGCAGUGCGGAACUCUUGAACCGUCUUCUCAACACAGACGAAUCCAGCAGCUCGGACGGUGUGCCACCAAAGGCAGGGUACGGUACGGCAACGCUCGAUCGGGGACGUGGCCGCAGCCUGGACCGAAGAAGCUACACCACCAGCGACGAACGAUUCGGUGCAACACGAGGACUUUCGAUUAGCCGUGCCGGUGAGGAGGACAGUCUCGGCAGGGAUGCUGGAAUACGUCAGCAGCAGCAGCUACAGCGUGGACGCAAAAGCCGCAAUACUAGCUCGCGUAGAGAAAACUCCGAGCAGGACGUUGGAGCGCUGGCGCCGGAUGGCAGCCCAGCAGCAGGUCCUCCGGCGGCGGGAGAUGCCUUCUCGGAGGAUAUCAUGGUAAAGGGCGGUGACCGCGGUGAGUCGGGCAGUUCCAAAGGGGGACGGUUCCAGAUAGGGAAACGCUUUCUCAAGGGAGAAAUCGGCAUCAAAAGCUUCAACUACUACCUGCUGAAGGAGGGCCUCAAAUCUUCCAAGAAAAGCCUUCUGAAGCAACGUUCGGCACCGGUAGCCGCUGCGGGAUCGGUGGACGCACCGCUGCCCGACCCACCACAGUCGAUGGAAUUGAACAGCCCCGAAUCGGAGGCCGCCUCCCGGAUGGUGGAAAAGGGCGAGGAAAACAUAUACGAAGAAAUCUACUUUGAAGAUAAGCCGAAACGACCACCUGAAGAGUGUUCGGGGGAGGGCGUCCCGUUGGCAGCAUGUCCGGACGCGAGCAAUGAGAAAAUACAAUUUAUUGACUGCGAACUAUGCGUGCAGCAGUGUAGCAAUGCGAACUGUGAUGUGUGCCAUGGGCUCGGGGCACAGCAUACCGCCCAGCAGCACGAGCACCAUCAUCAUCAGCUGCAGCAGCAAAGGCAGGCCGAGCAGAAGCAGCAAAACAUUUACGAACAGCUCAAGCAACAUGGUUCGGGUGGAUCGUCCGGUGGGAGCGGUCAGUCUGGUGGGGUGUAUUCCAAAACGGGAACGAAAUCGUUGGACAUUGAGGAGCAGAUCUAUCAAAGGCAGAAGCAACAGCAACUUCAGCAACAACUCCAGCAACAGGUGCAAGAUCAGCAAAGUCAGCCCCAUCCUAAGCCGCUGCCCGAGAGUCACACAAGAAGCAUGGGAAAUUUGGUGGAUGAAGCAUCGAUGUACGCCAGCGAGAAUGUGCUCCAAUACCAGUCGUACAAUCCGAGUAAUCCUAACGUGUACAAGCUGGAAACGACGCCCGUGGCAUUCAGCUGUGACUACAGUCCGCUGCAGCAAAUCUAUUACAAACAGCCACCAGCAUCGGUCGCUAGUGCAGGCGAUACAGCGGCCAGCAGUAAUCCACGACAGCACAUCUACCAACGGCCCCAUCAGCCUGGCGGAACGCUCUCAUCCGGUUCCGACUAUUACCAGGAGUUAAACCAUAAGAAAUCUUCCUCGUCGAGUGAUUCGCUACAGCAGCAGCAGCGUCGUCUACAGGGUUCGAAUGCUGGGAUCUACUACCAGCGAGCUGCCGCAGCGUUAAGCGAUGAUCAACAUCGGAGUCUAAUGAGCUCCGGUACAGGUGCCAAAAUCUACAAAGUCAGCUCUAACAUAUCUAUUCUGAGUGAGGCAUCUGGGCGCAGUGAGGGCUCUUUCCGACAGCCCCAACCGAUGCAGCCACUAAUACAAUCCCAAUACCAACCAUUGUCCUCUGUGAUGGUGACUGGGCAGCGAGAGCAUCCUCCUGCGCCGGGAGGACCCAACCAAACAAGACCCCAACAAACGCCACAACCCCAAUCACAGCCAUACGGUCGAACCGGUGGUAAUAUGUCCGAUUCUAGCCUUGGCGAUUCUUUGUUCUCUUACCCGGCCAAUCGGCGAUACUUUGGAAGCUCGGAAAGCUGUCGUUUUGCGUCGGAGACUUGCCGACGGUGUAGCGUCGAGGUGGACAAGUGUAGUUUCUCCGACACCUGCCGCUACUCGGACUGUCGUAACUGCGAUUGCUCGUCGAGCUAUUUCUCGUCCGACUUUGACGAUGCCGGACAUGGUGGGUCACGGAGCAAGAGUGGCGCCCGCCUAUCACACACACAAUCGGAAGCGGCAGGAUACUAUCAAGCACCGCCCUAUGCGGAGGACUUUAUGAAGCAUGUUAGCGCUGUGAAGCGUGGCAAUCAGCAGCAGCAACAGCAGCAGCAGCAGCAACAGCAGCAGCAGCAGCAGCAUCAAGUGUCUACGACUCAUUUUGUGGCUGGUGGGAAAAUUUACGAAACACCGCCGACUUACGUCGGAAUGAUGCCUAUCACGAGUAGCGGGCUGCAGAAGCCUCGUGAGCCAACGUACGAGACGUUAAGAAAUCCACCGUACUCCAUACCGAUGGUGGGUCCUUCGUAUGAGUCUACGCCGCUGGUUGCUAGUGGACGACUCUCGAUUAGCCAGAGCCACGAAGCGUUACUAUCGCCCGUUCGUCGUAGCAGAUCGAGCAGAAGUACCGACACGGACCAAUAUCCACAACUAGAGCGUAGAUCAUCUCCUGUGUCACAUUACUCUAAAAUUCGACGACCUCACCAGUCCAACACUCUGCCGUCGUCGAUGCGAUCUGGCAGACGCCAUCAAGCAGGUACGGGCGAAUUCGAUCCAGCCGGUUACAGCGUGAUUCGUGAAGGUCCUAGCAAUACUCGCAGCGCUGGCCCUGGCCCUAGUGGUGGAUCCACGCUACCGAAAUCCUUCAGCAUGCAGCAACCGCGAUCCACACCGAUGGUUUCGGGGCGAUCGUCAUCCCUCCUCACGAUGGGUCACGAGUAUGCGGAAAUCACCAAAUCAAGUGGGAAAUCCAAACCGAUUCCACCACCGAUUAGUACCAUCCCGAGUACACGAGAAGCGAGAGCCAGAUCGAAAGCGCAAGCUGCAUCGAACAUGCGAGCCGUAUCUCCAUCACAGUACGCACGCACAGGUCCUUCCGGAAUUGCGGGAAGUUCGGCGGGAAACAGCAGCAUGGAGCGUAAGUCUCGCGAUCGAUCGCUGAAGCAGAGCAAAAGCUCCGAAACAGCCAGGAAGGAACGAUCGCCAGCAGUGAGAGAGCAGCAGGCGGAGAAAAGUAAAUCUGGCACCCGGGAGACGGCCGCCGGAACGACAGCAGCUUCGAGUGGGGGAAGUGGUUCGAUGACUAGAAGUGGAAAACCGACGACGGGCAGCACCAGACGGAAGGAGUUUGUUCGAUCGCAGCAGCAGCAGCAUCGAUCGAAGCGCCCCGUUCAGGACAACUUCACCGAUGACGAGGAUGACGAUGAGGUGUUCCUGAGUGAUAAGGUGUACGAACGGCCGGUUCAGAACAAUCGCCAGGAUUCGAAGGAAUCGCCAGUGGCUCUCACGUCGACGGUGACCGCGCCACAAACGACGCUGACAACCUCGUUAAUGGCACCGACAACGCCGACAACAGCGAGCAGCGGCACCGGCCGGAGCACCAGCAGCGGUGCCACCCCACCAACCGCAACAACCACCUCCACCCUCACCACGACCGCCUCCCUUUCCUCACCCUCCGCACGAAGCUCCGGUGCGCAAGCUUUCGAUUUUACGCUACAACCCCCAACCUCAUCCUCCUCCUCCAGCGGCACUCAGCCCCACUCCUCAUCCUCUCCCUCCGCGGUGGCACCCACUAACUUCACCGUCACCCCACUGCCAGCUCCACGCGCUCCAAAAUCAAAACAAAAGCCAGAGCUCGAUGCCGGCAGCAGUGAGCGACCGACCGUCGGCACUCAGCCGAACGAAAGUGAGAGUUUGCGCACCGAACGCCCGAAAGCUCCGGGCGCGAGUACGGUGAGUGCUGAGGGCCGUGAGUGUACUGCCGUGGUGGAUGCUGGGAUGCCACCCAACAACAACCCAACCACCGGCCCAACUGUGACGGCAAAGACGGACGCCAAAACAACAACAAGCGCUACGGCCGCCAGUUACGAUUGUGGCGUCGUCGGUGAAGCAACGCGUCGGGACGUCGUCGUGCGUCGUUCAGCAAGCGGAACAGUGAACAGAUCAAAGGACCAGUCACCGUCAACGCCAUCGCCGGACCAGGAAGUGGUGCCAACCAAUUCGCUGCCCGGAACACCGGCACGCACCCAAGCGUCCGGCGAGCACGUCAACGCACCGGACCAAACAACCGAGCCCGUUGAUGAUGGAGCGAAAUUAAUUGGCAACGAUGAAUGUGACAUCAGUGACUUCCCACUGCCGGAGCUCCCGGUGAGCAGCCGACAGGAUCCCACAUCCUCCGACAGCUUCCUCACGGCAACGGAUGCGGAGGAUGGUGGCGGUGGGCUGGUGGACGAAGGACGACUAUCAUCACUAGAAACCGAACAACGAGCGACCCGUGCUGACGGCGGGGAACGAACGCAGCAAGAGAGCGAACUGGACAGCACUAUGCACUACCGGACGGCAGCGAACGGUGGCAAGCCGACGUACCUGUUCGGUGAGAAUGUUAAAAAGAAUGGCAUCUUUCUCAAUAAAUCUGGCUGGGUGCAGGUAACCGGUGGACAGCAGCCGAUUCAGCCGGGCCGAAGUGUUGCCGGAUCCUACCCACUGGCUGGCAGCGAACGAACACACGGUACCGGUGGUUCCGGCAUUCCGACGGGACCGCAAUCGGGUGUUGCAGCAGCAGCAGCAGCAGCGGGAGCUGGAUCGAAAGUAACACGAAAAUACAUCGAGUACGAUGAAAACCGGUACACGGGCAGACCCGGAACCGGCGCAAGCAAACUGGAAGAUCUGAUCAACCGCAACGAAUCGCGGGGCAAGGGAGGUACCCGGCCGUCCAGCCAACAGCAACGGCAGGAUAAUGUAACGAUACUGAAGAUAGAUCCUGGGGCGGGUCCAACAUCGACCGCUGCGUUAGGCAACCGCCCAGCCUGUCUGUCGAUAAAGCGCAACCUAGCGGAUGGAAGUCCACCACCAGUAACUCCAAUCCUUUCACCACCGCCCGCGUUUCAGGACUCACAGCAGCAACAGCAUCAGCAGCAACAGUCCAAUAAAACGCGCCUCGGGGACAUCAAACCCGGCACGAGAAUAUUUCUGUCCGUCGUGGACAAUGAGAACCACAAUCCGAAGGGCAUGGUCUUUUCCCACAGCUUUGAGUACGAUCGACGCAACCGACGUCCGCCGGAAGAGGAUGUCGAGCAGCGGGGAGGAUACGGCGGUACAUCUACCGGGCCGGGCAGUAGCAGCAGUACGGAUGCCUUUUCGAAAAGCUUCGAGUACGAUUUCAACCCAACAGGCUCGAUGGGAAGUUUGCAGCAGCAGCAACAGCAACAGCAGCACCAGCAGCUACCGCUCAAGAGCUCGCUAAUAAGACGCAAUCGUUCGCCAACGUUCGCCACCCUGACCGGCAACUCGCCAAACUAUCUCACCAAAAAGGAGAAACCGGCCAAGCUGAGCUCACCGAUCUUCCCGAAAGCUAUUCCCGGGAACAGUCUUACGGUGAACCGAGCGACCCUUGGCUACGCUUCCAGCGAAUCGUUACGGAAGUUCGACAAGAACAAGUCGCUCGAUGCGGGCAGCUCGAUCGGCGGCGCCGGACACCGUUCCCGCCGAUCACAGUUCUCGACCAAGGCGAACUCGGCGCCGGGCCUCCCGUACGGGUUUCGGUCCGAUUCGGUAGGCAAUCAGCGGCUCAAUUCCUGUGAUAGUGGUGCUAGAUCAGAUUACUCUAACGACGAUGUGGAUGAUGAUGACGAUAUCAGCGAGGACCAGUCCUCCUCGCUCGCGCUUAGCUACAAAUCAUCCACCUCCUACAUCAAUCAGAUGAAGGGCCGUGCAUCGUUUACCGGCGGUAGCCCCAGCCAGAGCCAGAGCGCUCUGCUGUCGGCCGGAUCAACGCACGGCCUGCUAAAAUCCCAGCGAUCACUAACACCCGAACGACUGUACGACAACAACGACGAGUACGGCAGUGCACGGAACCUCAAGAAGCAACGAUCUCUGACUCCGGAGAAACGCUCCCGGACACCGGACGAUCGCAGCAAACGGAAAGGGGGUAGUGGUGACCAGGGCAACAACAGCUCCCAAUCGUCGCUCGUAUCGCGGCAAAGCUCGGGCUCGCGUAGCAGCACACUCGAACGGCAACGGUACGACGAGGGCUACAUGCGCACCAGUAGCCGUAGCUCGUCCAGCUCGAGCUAUAGCCGGGACGAGAACGUACCGACGAACAGCCCGAGUGCCACCUACCGGCGCAAUCAGCUCCGGGGUAACGUGCGACUUCAGCCGGCCAGUUCCGGGGUCCUCGGUGGAGAUUACAAAAUACGCCGGUCGAGGUCGCUCCAGCUGUCUGAAAGAUCACCCAGUCGCCAGCAAAUGCCAGUGCAGCAGAUGCCUCACAAGGUGGUCGUACGGUUGGGUACGGUUCCGCCGAAGGAGCGUCCCACCUAUGCCACGCCGAACGUUAUGGGCCGCAAGCCGGGACCUCCAACAUCCGCCCAGCUGCUUAGCCAAGACAGUCUCAGCCUGGGAGGAACGCACAUGUACAGUCGCAUCUCACCGAACAGUACGCUCGAUCGUUUGCGGCGUGAAACCGCAUCCCACACGCUGGACGUGGUCGACAAGAGCAAGUCGUUCGACAACAACAACUACGGACUGGGGUUAGGCGCAACGGGCGUUACCCACCCGUACGAGUACGAGUUUGACAAGAGUAAAUCGUUCGAUGACAAUCUGGGCAUGCCGCUGGCCGAUCGGAUGUCCGAUAAGCGCACGUACGUGACGAACGAGAAGCGGUCCUACUCGCACGAUCGCGUGUUCGGUUCUACCGGGACCAACUCCUCCAGCAACGAGUACGCCACCAGCCAAUCGUCCACCUCGCGCAACCGUUCACCACAGACGUCACUGUUUGGUGGGUUGAAUCGGUUAUACGAACCGGAGCUGCCGUACGAACUGAACCGUGUCACCAUGGCCCGCUCACCCGUCAUGAUGGGUUCGGCCUACCGACAAACGCGCUCGGCAGUUUCGAGGGAACGUUCGCCCGUGCCGGGCUAUCAGAAACCAAGUGACCUAUACCUGAUGCGACAGCAAACGCCCGACUCCGAGUACGACGAGCGGCUCAUGACACCGGAGUACGGUGGACCGGAACCGGCCGCGGUACAACCGAUAGCGACCUUUAAGGAGGCCGAGCUGGUGAAGAAAUUUCUGUACGCCACCAAGAACAAGGUGCAGAUGCAUCGAGAAUCGGCUGCCAGAAGCGCGAUGCCACCGCCAACCAUCGCCGGAACACCGUCGUCUGGAAGUUGUACCGCUAGCUCCUGUGACUUUUGGCCACACUGUGGCGUGUCGUCCGGUGCAACUGCGAGUGCGCUCGAGGAACAUUCGAAGGAACAGAGUGCGCAAUACUUGUCCAAGUCGGGUAGUGAUAAUUGUUUGGGCCGGACCAAGGUGAAGCGUGUGCCGGCGGCCGAAGUGAUAUUCAUUGGUGGUGCCGGGGAGGACUCGUGUGUGGGCGGGGGAGCACGGGGCAACGGUGGUGGUAACAGUAGUAGCAACAGUAGCAAUGGCAGUCACAUUAGCAACGGUUCCGCCAUCAUGUGGCCGAACACGUCGAAGCCAGGUGUCGAACCGGCCGUAUCGCGUGCGUCCGUAGCCGGGCGUGCCGUACCGGUACCGGUGAAGGCAAACAGCUACGGUGGUGUUAGUAGCUUUGGCCAACAGCAUCACUACUAUCAGCAACAUCAGCAGCAGCAGCAGCAGCAGCAGCAACACCAGCCGGAUCAACCACACCAACAGCAGCAACGCAUUCUACGCAAGCAGCAAAACUUUGAGUUCUACGAUGACGAUGGCGCCGGACCAAUAUCCUACCGGAUGUCGUCCGGGCCGGCAGCAAAACCGACACACCCAACCCAACCCGGAGGCCUCUCGGUCGACUAUGGGCAGUCGGGCAAUGCCGGUGGGAACGGUAGCAACAUCAUCAGCACGAUCAUCAAGGCAAACUCGAUAACGUUUCUCGGUGAGCACGAGAUGCCAAUUACGCGUGACCGUGCCUUCCCAUCCAAGGGGAAGGUUUCAUCGACCGUCGGCCAAACCGUCGUAACGGUCGGCGGUGGAGGCGGUAACGGUGGUUCCGGUUCCGGUGGCACGCUGUCGAUAGUUAAAAGUAAUAACGGCCCAUCAAUGACGGCAUCACCGAUGGGACCGGGUGCGCUGUCGGCGAACGGGAAAAGUCACCACCGUACCAAUGGCAAUGGUAGCAAACAGCAGCGACAUCAUCAAACGACGACCGUCGGCAAUCAGCACGGCACGGCUUGCACUGGCACUGGCAUCGAACAGCGCGACGGCAGAGCAAGACCUCAAACGACCAAACCGGGACGGACGGGAGUGGGCCAGACAGCAUCGUUAGCGACCAGCGGUUCCAUCAAGCGAAAAUUUGAGAUGAAACUCAAGAGUCGCUCACUUCCCAAAUCCUUCAUGCGCUACAGCAACCUAACGACGGAUGACUUGGAGCUAUCGGCUAUUUUAACAUCGAACGCGCCCCUUCAGCUACGAGCCGUCUCUAGUCCAUCGAUUUCGGAGGCACCGAUUGAAGCGGCACCGGCUGGCAGAGGCAGCCAGCAGGAUGCACGGAAUCCCCACCUAAGUACUGGCGGUGCCAAUGCCCAUCUCAGUCCCACCUCGAAUGUGCAUCAAUCAUCAUCAUCAUCAUCAUCCUCGCAUCAGAAGACUGUCCAAACCAAAGUGUCCAGCAGCAGCGGCGGUGCCACACAUCAUCCAGUGCAAGCUUCCGAAAGCGUACUGCAAAAGUUCCGCAAAACGUUCUCACAUUUUAAAACCUCGAAAACGGUCGCCGCCCAACCGGUGACCCUUGCCACAACCGAACAGCACAACGGUGGCACGAUGAGUGUGGAUGACAAGCAGCAGCAGCACCAUCACCACCGGUUCGGGCCACUGAUCUGGCGAUCGAGUAAGGAGCGCCGCAAGACCAAGUCCCAUCGGCGGGACAAAUGCAACAGCGGCGAUUCGGGCAUCCAGGUCGAGCUGGACAAUGAUGCGGAUCAACAUCUACUGCUGCAGCAACUUCACCCGCUCGAGCAUCACCCGGAAGGUGUUCCGGACGGUGUGCGCAAUGGGGAGGUAUCACCCCACACACAGUAUACGGCCGGCGUACCGGUACGGAGGGCCAACUCAGCGAAAGUGUCCACCAGCAGCAGCACCACCAGCUCGUCCAUCCUGAAGCACAAACUAUCGCUCAAGGGCAAGGACAAAGAGAACGUCACCAACAUAUCAAGGCUGAGCGGCAAAUCGCUAAGUCAACCGUCCGGUCUGGACUGCAUCGUUGCGUCCGGUGAUGACUGCGAAGUGGACGGAAGGCGUCGACGGCGAAGACAGCACACCCGCACCUCCACCACGAUACCAACCGAGCUGGACGUUAGUGAUAGCGAAAGCAUCUCGUCCCACCCGGACGAAGAUGAAGCGGUAGCGGUAGAGGACGAACUGCUUGUCGAGCCCGUGUUUGCCGAGGUGUUGUUUUCGUUCCGGCCCGGUGGUCCCCAGGAGCUUGGUCUCGAGAAAGGUGCUCUGGUGGAGGUGUUGAAGCGUGAGGCAGGGCCGUGGUGGUGGGGUCGUCUAAAAUCGGACGCAAUCGUGACGACGCCCGCCGGUGUUGACGGUGAACGGAAGCCGUCCGACUGUGGCUGGUUCCCGAAGGACUUUGUGAAGAUUGUGCCAACGUACGCCAAACCGAAGCAGAUACUCAUCAUUAGCAACAGUGAGACGACGAGCAAGCAGACGGCACCGUCCUCUCAUUCGCACGGUGCUUGUGAGGACGAUGACGGAGGCAGCAGUGCUUCCACGCUGAUCGAAGGUGGCAACUGUGAUAGUAGUACCCGACUGAUGGGCGGACUGUCGGUGGCGAGCGAUGGGUCGCCGGUAGCUUCCACCGGUACGCCACCGGACGCUGGUGUCGCUAGUCAUCCGGACCUAACGAAGGAGAACAUCAUCAAGGAGCUGCUCGAAACGGAGAUCAACUACGUGAAGCUGCUCAAUUCGCUUUGUUUGGGCUUCAUUAAACCGUUGCGCGAACGGGAAGACGUCUUUUCGGUGGAAAGUGUAAAUUUGAUAUUUUCCAACCUGGAAAAGAUCUGGCGCUUCCAGCAAACCUUUCUCGACGCGUUACGUCUCGCUGUGCCAAACAAUCGGAUCGGUGAAGUGUUCCUGGAGUAUCAAUCGGCGUUCAUGGUGUACUCGUCCUACUGCAACUCGUACCCCCGUGCGCUGAUGGAGCUGGAGAACUAUGCCAACAAUAAGGAAGCGAAUCAAAUACUGGAAAACUGUCGUAUGGCGGAGAAUUUACCAGAGUUACCACUGUCGGCGCAUCUACUGGCCCCGAUACAACGGAUAUGUCGUUACCCGCUACAUCUCAGCGAACUAGUCAAACACUCGCUCACCCGGAAGGAGCUGCUGCCGACGCUGAACCUGCGCAAGUGUACCAAAUCCGAGCUGGAAACGAUGGACUGCCGGGAGGUGUUCGAGAUGGCCCUGUCGGCGAUGCGGCGCGUCACGGAGAUGGUGAAUGAAGAUGAUGACAAAGAUGAGCUGUUGUUCUAGUGCCAUUCCUUCAAAAUCCUUCAAUCCACUUCUCCAACAAGAUGCAAUUGUUGCCACAAAACAAUCCCCAUCAUGACACGGCACAUUUGCGUGCCAGACAGACACACAGACCAAACCAGUGUUUAGAAUAGUUUUAAACUAACGGCUAGAUCCCCCAUCUUGUUUUGGUAUCUUACUUGAGUAGAGCGUGCUAAAACGGCACCCCCAUCCUUAAUGCAUUUUCCUUUCCAGCAAGCUAAAAGUAAAGUAAUUUGCGAUGAAAGUUUACGCAAGAAAAGCUCCUUCUCAUAACCUUUUCCCACAAUUGCUGCCAAUCGAGCCAAAGAGAGAAAGAGAGAGAGAGAGCAAGUGAAAAGAGAAAAUUAAUCUUAAAACAUAAAAGUAAACAAGAACAGUGUUCAAUUGAGUAGAAAGAAGGAAAGAAAAUGGUUUUAAACACGUGCAAAGAAGGAGGAAAACAAAACGAGUGAACCAAGUAAUGGUGUGGAACCCGCCAUGUUGGCGGUUCUUUUUACUAAGCCACCACCACCACCACCACCAUCAAAAUGUCGUCAAUUGUUUGCGUUGGUUGUAAUGCGGUACUUCUAUGAGUAAAAUAAUUACUAAUUAUGCAGCUGGCGUCGUGAUCGCCAAGCAAACUGAACAGGGCGCUACAGUUAGUUACUAUUGUGUUAAGCAGUUAAGCAACAACAGCAGGUUUCACUCACAUCAGUAGUGUUAUCCGGUAAGUUACGCUUUACGGGGCCGCGAAAAGGGGCAAGUUGUUCUUUGAUUCUGUUAGUUGUUCCACCAUUUUUUGUUUUUAUGUGUGUAUGUGUGUGUUUGUACUAACUUUACAGAAACUGAUAACAAGCAAUCAAAGCCAGAGUACCCGCCAUUCGGGCGCGGGAAAGGAGGUAGUAAUAGUAGAAGUAUUACAAGCUAAUAAUAAUUACAGACACACACGCUUAACUGGAAAGACAUUUGUUGUCAACGAUUUUAAACGUACGAGAUGAAAGCAAAUAAGGGAAAGCCUAGCUUUUGGGGAUCGCCAAGCACAGCUACCGAGCUCCAGGAGUUGGGUGUGCUGAGUAAAACGAAGGCAAUAAUGUUAUGUAUUGCAAUAUAAAGGAACUGAGUGGAGGAAGUGACUAAGGGAAGGGGGGUAGUAGUAGCAAUAGGGUUUGGUUCUGUUUCUUGUCGGUCUUUUGAAGGACGGCCGGAGUGAAUACUGCUUCGUAUAAUCAUAGAAUUAGUGGUUACUGUUACUUUUUAAACCAGCAAUUCUACCACCAAUCCACUAGUUGCUCUGAAGUCUCAGUUAGGUUAGGGUUGUUGUAAUAGUUGUACUCUCUUUUCUACCUGUACCAUGGUGCGGCAGGGAAAAAAAUUAUAUAUUAUCAGUUUGUGAAGAUAUUUAAAUGAAUACACCCUAGCAGUGGCGAAUCAAGCCCUUUGGAGGUCCCAAGCAGAAUAAAAGUUGGAGGCCUCUUUCUGUUAAAGUUGGAGCAUCUCAGAUCUAUGGACUGGGCCAGAAUGGGAGGCCAAGUUGAGAUCCUUCACUAGAUCUCUUAUGGAGUUUGGGAUCCUCUAAAUUAUAGAAGCUCCCUGGACCUCUCUACUUGCUUACAGGCAGAUACACCUUGGGGCCCCCAUGGGGAAGACACGGACCCUAGCAAGAUCUCUUAACGUGUAGGAGGAUCAUUUGACCUCAGUUUAUAGGAACAUAAAGGCUCAAUGGGAUGGUCCUAUAUCCAGUUAUAAAUGUUAGGAAGUGAAAGUCCAAGGAGUAUGCGAGGAUUGAUCGUUAAUCCGCUAUCUUGCGUCGGGAAAUUAUUCAACAACACCUUCAUAUUUGAAAAAUGUGCGAGCAGCACCCUUUAAACAGCCUUAAAGAAGGCUUUCACACAACUUCUAGGGACACAAGAAAGGGCCAACGGAUUAUCAAGUUCGCCAUCGAACAGAUCGCUUCAGUUUAUCUGUCAAACUUGCGAAUAUUCUGGAAGAGGAAUUUUAAGUCUCAAACUCAUCUAAAAAUGUGGCCUAUUUACAUUGAUUCGGGUGUUAAAAUGAACUCAACCAGGUGGUUGUAGGACCAGGUACUUCCCAGGCUAUUCUGAAGCACAAAACAUUAUCCUGAAAAAAGGAUGGAAAGCCAUGUCUCACUCUUCAAAUCGAACCUAACGAUGACUGUUUGAAAGUAUGAAGUGUUGGUCUGAAGAGCUCUCUGGCAGUAUCUGACCUCAGCCUGUUAGGUUAUAGAAUUUAGCCAGCGUGUAUUAGGGCAGAAGCCUAGCAGAAAUUCUGACAAUGUUCCGAUAGUUUUAAUGAUAACAUCAGAGGACACAUUUAGUAUUUUUUUCAUUUUCAGCCUUUCUUCCUGUCGCACCGGGUACAACCAUAUUUUGCGCUUCCACCGUCGUCGUUCAAUGCGAACCAUUUUGUCGAAGGUUGGUCACUUCAUAACAAGACUUAACACAACUACAGAGCUGAGAGUUGCACAAAAACGGCAGAAACGGAAGCAGAAGAAUUAGAAGGCACGGGGCUCUCUGUAGUAUUAUACAUAAUAUAUGCUUUAAGGCAAAGCUCACAUACAACACAUUACAGGGUUAUUUAAAAUGGACAAACAAACGAACGCGAAUCCUUGGGAAGGAUCUUGUCACAACAAACUGAACGAUUGGGAGAAUGUGCUGCCGUGCCAUUCUCACCCCUUGGGGAUCAUUUCUUUGCAUUGGCCUGAAGUACAGGAAUAUUAUUACAAACCAGAAACUGACUUAGAAGAAUGCGCUUACCGUGUUGUGUGUUGUUUAAAACUGAAGAAUAGAGAUCGAAUUAAAACCUUAUACAAUUAAGCUAUUUUCUGAAGGCGAGCGAGAAAAUAACCCAACUUUUAGUGAUCGGUGAUCGAUGCAGGAGUAACACUUAAGACGACACGGGAGACAAAUGUUUGUGUGUUUGUGUGUGUGUACUACUUAUAUUGGAAGCUAAUAUUGGAAGAUCUCCGUAACUUUGUUACACUAACCGUACACACGACACAACCCGUCUUGGUAUUGUGUGCGUACUUUUAAUACAAGCUCAAAACGAAUAUCCUGAAUGGCCGCGAAGAUGAAGGAGGAGCAUACUAAAUCGAAAAAACGAACUAAAAAAAAUCAUAAAUUACAUAAAAAUUACACCCGCCAACUCUCGUUUCCGUUUCUGGCUCUCUUAUACAAAUGGUUCGACCUUCUUGUUGCAAUGUGACCAAGAAAAUACGGUACGAUUUGUAUUCUCAAAAACAGCCGAAGUUUCCUUUAUUUGAGGACGUGUAAAUGUAAAUAUAUUUGCCUGAAAAAAAGGAUGAAUAAAAUAAAUGUUGCAGAAAGGUUACUACAUUGCACCAAAACAAACCAAAAAAACAUCUAACCGAAGCAGUGGCGAAUCUAGACCUGUGGCGGGAAUAACUCUGAGCUUCAGAGGCUCCUUAAACGACGAGAUAUUCCAUUACGAAGUCUCUUAGACCAGGUCAGCUUCUUCCAAUACGACUAUCUGAUGGUCUACGAAGUUCGCUCCUUGGACUGCAAGAGCCCUUACGAAGACUACGAGGUCUCUUGUUAAAUCAAAUCCCAUGGACAACGAGGCCUCUGCCAUUACGAUGUCUUUCGGUAGUGGAAACUUAGACAACAAUCUCUUGAACGACUAGGCCUUUCUGAUAACCAGGUCUCUUCGUAGAAAAAAAACCCCAUGGAGCAAGCAGAUCUAUUCCAUUAUGCGGUCUCUUGCAUAAAAGACCUCUCCGCCCGCCAGGUUUCUUAGAAGACGAAGUCUCUUAUGUUACGAUGUCUCAUGAUAGCUGAAUGAGUCGGACUUAGACAACGAGAACUCUUCAACGAAAACACCUCUUGAUAAACCAGGUCUCCAGGCCCACGAGGCCUUUUCAACUAGGUAUCUUCAUAGACGAAGUUCCUUGAACUUUCGAGACCUCAAGGAGACUUCAAGGAUUCUUGGACGAGGAGGACUCGCUCCAUUCCAUAAUGAAGGUCUGUUAUUGGACGAGGUCCUAUGUUGGUAGCAGAAGUGAUCUAUUAGAAGAAACGUCGUUUCGGAAAGUAAAGGCCUCUUGAAUGUCUAAGGUCCUCGAAUAACGAAGACGCUCGGGCCCGCCCAAAGUUUAAUCCGCCACUGAACUUAAACUGAAGCACAAGUAAAAGAAAAACCACUCCAAAUUAGUAUUGUCACUUGCCGAAACGGAACAUAUCGUUGUAUCGUACGGAUAAACAAAUCCGGAACCAUGCCAAACGACCAUUCAGUUGCAGUACGAUCGAUCAUAGAAUUUAGACGUACAAAUAGCAUUCACAAACACGCACAUUAGCGCACUCCCAGGAGUUGGCCACCGCUCCAUACAUUUAACCCAAGAAGGCGUUGUGUUUUGGAAAGUGCAUAGCAACAAGGAGAUCAGAAUCUAGCCUACUACAUGACGAAGGCAAAUUUGGUGAAUAAAGUUUUUUGUUUGUCCAAUAAAAAGAAUUACACACUAAUUAACGAACACAGAAUAAGUAAAAGCCUCCCAAAGCGAGCGAUGGGAAGGCGCAAAGAUGCAGAAUGGAAUCUAAAUAAAGGAAUUAAAAUGAAAAAUAAAAAAUAAAAACUCACGUUGUCGCCAAA